UAAGCAAAUCCUUAUAUCAGUUUAGUUUCCGUAUAAAAACGGCGACGUACUUAGGCGUCCAUGAUUCCUUUCAAUUGCGAACAUGUGGCUAGGAUUCCUACUGUGCGCUGGCGCAGUGUUAGUGGCCAAGGCCUCGCCCCACGCUGCCGAUAUAGAACAGCUCAUUAAUGAUGAGCAGUUCAUCGGAACUGUCGGAAGGAUCUCGGACAAUAUUUUUGAAGAUGCUAGACUAGAUGUGCCUGAGCUGAUCACGAAGUACAGGUAUCCCUUGGAGAUCCACCACGUCGUAACCAGCGAUGGCUACAUCCUUACCAUGCAUCGCAUCCCACACGGGCGUGAUCAGAACAACGACCCGAGCGUCAAGAGACCCGUUAUUUUCUUGAUGCACGGCCUACUGUCUUCUUCAGCCGACUGGGUUUUGAUGGGACCGGGUUGUGCAUUGGGGUAUAUACUAGCUGAGGCUGGCUAUGACGUCUGGAUGGGCAAUGCCCGUGGCAACUACUAUUCUCGGGAGCAUCUCAGUCUUCGCCCGGAUGCUCUGCUCAACACAGACUUCUGGGACUUCAGUUGGGAUGAAAUAGGGAACAUUGACUUGCCCACUAUGAUCGACUUCGCAUUGCAAAGCACUGGUCAGGAAAGGCUUCACUAUAUCGGACACUCUCAAGGAACUACUGCGUUCUUCGUGAUGGCUUCGCUCCGGCCGGAUUACAACCAGAAAAUCGUUUCUAUGCACGCCAUGGCUCCGGUAGCGUACUUGGCAAAUAGUGGCAAUCUGCUGCUUAGAGCUCUUGCUCAAUUUUCAAGCCCACUCGACAGUAUCGCUCGUCUUAUCGGUAUGGGCGAAUUCUUGCCUAACAAUGCAAUCAUGACUUGGGCUGGCCAAGCGCUGUGCAUGGAGGAGGCCGCUUUCCAGCAGAUGUGCAGCAACAUCUUGUUCCUUGUAGGAGGCUGGAAUGAGUCUCAACAUAAUUCGACAAUGCUUCCCGUCAAGCUCGGCCACACUCCCGCGGGUUCCUCCGUGAGGCAAAUUGCUCAUUACGGACAAAGCAUCGCAGAUAAGUCAUUCAAGCGCUACGACCACGGCCUUUUGAAAAAUAGGAGACUAUACGGCAGCUACAGAGCGCCUAAUUAUGACCUAUCCAAGAUCACAACUCCGGUGUUCCUCCACUACUCCGCUUCCGAUCCGAUGGCGCAUGUGAACGACGUGGACAGGCUCUUUAUGGAACUCGGCAGACCUGUAGGAAAAUUCAGGAUCAGUGAUCGCACCUUUAGCCACUUGGACUUCAUGUGGGCAAUCGAUGCGAAGACACUUCUUUAUGAUCGAAUUAUAAAUCUUCUCCAGGCAAUGGACGUGAAUACAUAGUUUGAAUGAGAAUUCCGAUUUGAGGAU